UUGAAACACGACAUGGCCCAUUUUGUGAGCACUUUAGCAAAUCUCACAGACUCAAAUGUUCGACACUAUCGUCACGGAAAUAUUUUGCACUGUGAUUAAGCUGGUAUUCUCUUCGUUAUAUGAAAUUUUCAAAGUCUGGAAUAUUUUGAGCGUCUUUUACUGUUCUGUGUGUAAAACGGGAGAAAGCUUUUUUAGUUUUUGCUGUUCAAGUUGUAAGGCAAAAAUGGCUGUUAUCUGGUGUAUUUUAUUGGUGUGUUGGGUAUUUUUUGUACUGCUUAAUCAGAUAAGGAAAGAAGACUUUCGUUUGGAAUCAUCAAUAAAUAUCUCACGAUGUUAUGAGGAUAUGAAAGCACCUGUGUUUACCGGUAUUUACCAGUACUAUUGACUAAAACUAUCACCGUAUUAUAUUCUGAGAAAGCAAAAAAGCCCUUUUGUUUCUUCCCAGAGCCAUGAAAAGUGCCUUUUCACUUUGGUCAUGAGAGAAUAGGCAAUGCAAGUUAUUGUUUAUUGGUGCUCGAUGCGAUCACGUGCAGAUUGGGUGAUCCAACGGGGGUGUGCACAUGUUUUAAG